CUCUCAGCAGUAGUGGGAAAGUGUCAUCCUCUGUCUUGUUACACUGUAGUUUGUAUUUUAUGUGGGGUGAAGACUGCAUUUUGAGGAUACAAAAACUAAACAUGAAUGUUUGCUGUGGAGGUGAGAGGGGGCUGGGACUUUCACCUGCAUCACAGAGGAUCAAUCAGAACAUACUCCGUUGCAAAGAUGAGUGUCCAGUACCAUGCUUCGACUGGUACAAACAUGGACAUUGAAGAAAGUCAAAUUGGCUCUAAGCAGUUUCUCUGGGAUGGCAGCAGCUGGCACAAUUCAGACAUUGUGUUGAGGAACAGUUCCUACAGGGUGGCCACAGUUUGCCUCGGGCUCCUCUGUGUUCUCAUGCUGGCCGGUAUCAUAGGUCAGAGCAUCCAAUAUCAAAAAGUCGAAAAAGAAAACCAAGACAAUGUAAAAGUCAUCGACAAAGAGAAAGAGAACCUGCAGGACAGCCUGAAGUCAGUGCAAAAAGAGAAAGAGGAUAUUGAAGCUAAACGGAUUCAGUUACAGAGAGAUACCAAUGUUUUAUCUCAAAAGAGAGACCAAAUACAGACAAACAACAAUUUGCUGAGCGAAGAAAUGGACAAACUAAAGCUCAGCCAAAGCCAGUUAGAGACCACUAACAAGGCUUUGAACAAAAACAUUGAACAGCUGAGAGCCAGUAAAAGCCGAUUGGAUACGAAUUACAAUGUCUUGUCUGCAGCCAAAGAGCUGUUACAAAUACAAUAUGACACAGUGGUCAAACGUAAAGAUGAGUUACAGGGCAGUCAUGACUCGGUGACCAGGGAAAGGGACAAUUUACAUAACCAAUUCAAUAAUGUCACCAGAUCUAAAGAGAAACUGCAGAUGAGUUACAAUGACUUGAUUAAAGACAUAGAACAUUUACAGGAGAGAUACAACGCAUCUACCGGUGAAAAGGACACGCUAGCAAACACUCACCAAAACCUAACGACAGAAAUAAACACUCUUCAGGAAAAUUUCAACUCUCUAAAAAAAGCAGCAGACACAUUGCGGGUUAAUUACGUGUCGUUGGCUCGGGAAAAAAAAGAGCUUCAAAGCAACUUAAAUAAUGUGACUGCAGAGGGAGAACUGCUGAUGGUGAAAAUCCGCAACCUGACUGCCGAGAGAGAUAAUCUCCAGGGUCUAGUUGACAAAAUGAACAAGACAAUGCAAGAUAGGAUUUGUGUCACUGGCUGGCAGAAGUUCGAGUGCAGCUGCUACUACACUUCCUAUGGCAACAGAACCUGGCAGAAAAGCAGAGAAUACUGUCAAAGCAAAGGAGCAGACCUGGCAAUCAUCACAAGCCAAAAUGAAAUGAACUUCAUCAAUGGCUUGUUUGAAGAGGAAAAACAAAGCUGGAUUGGAUUGACUGAUGAAGGAGUAGAGGGCGUGUGGAAAUGGGUGGACGGGACACCACUGACCUUAGCGUUCUGGGCUGCAGACCAGCCUAACAGCUAUAAAGGGACGGACCAGGACUGUGUGGAUUUCUGGCACCGUGCGCCAGGGAAAGGCGUAUGGAAUGACCAGAUCUGUACUGCAGAACAAAACUUUAUCUGUGAAAUGUAGUGUUUUUUCCUGUAUGGGCAGUGCUUUGGUUACUGUUGGCUACGUGCCUGACACUAAUAACUAUAAUCUUGAUAAUCACUCUGUUUAGUGUUGAUAGAUUAAACAUUGGGGACUGCUGUCAGUACAUUGUAAAUAAUGACAAUAUUAAUCACAGCGACUAAAUUUACAUGGACACCAAUAUUCCAAAUAUUGAAUUUAUUCAGUAUAAGACAAUCAUUCGAUUAUGGUGUUUAGAUGAGUUGCCUUAAGAAUAUCAAUACUACGUCAUACAUCUGACUUUCCGCAACCUUUUUGAAUAUAUCCCCAUUGCAUUUGCAAUCCAAACCCUUGAUAAUAUCCAUUCCUCUUAAAAUGCAUAGCAUACUACUUUCUCCCUCCCUCUUCAUAGUGGCAGCCAUCCUGUGAACAGGACAUGCAUCUUCAAGCACCUGAUAACUGUUGUAUGUUAAUUUCACAAAAUGCUGGGAAACUCCUAUUCAUGUCUACAUGAUGUGACUAAGGUUGGAAUCUACUCUCAAUUUGACUGAUGCUAUGUCCUUUUGAACGACUUUAUUCCAGAGUAAUCAGAAAAUGUUAUUUACACGGCAUUGUUUGAGUUAGACUGCUGUAAUAAUAAGGUUAAUGUUGGAAAUUGUAUUCCCAUGUAAACAAAGUCAGUGUUUGCCUAGAAAUCUAUAUCGUGUGACCAUCUUACACAAAGGUAAACAGCAUUACUCACAGCUAAAUCUUGAAAUGGAGUGAUGCGAAGUGAGUAAUGUAUUAUUAAGUUGGAUAUAGCAGACCCAGCUGAGAAAAGUGGAGCAGACACAGGUUGAUGUAAAUUGUUUGGAACAGCUUCUUUAAAGGGGGACUGAGGUUUCCACAGAUAUGUACACACUGUGGAAACUGUUUCAUAGUAAUGAAGGGUAACAAGUAUAGGGAUGCACCGAUAUGGACAUUUUUGGCCAAUACCGACGUUUAAAACAACAAUCUAGCCGAUAUCGAUACAGAUAUUUGUUUAUUUUGUUUUUGUUGUUAUUCAUUCACCAUUUUGUAGCAGGAAAAUAAUUAAAAUCAUUAAAUUUU